UUCGUCUCACUCUCUAACACAAAACACUGAGCUCAGCUAUAUAAACACCUCUUCUCUCUCACUCCUCACUCCUUCUCUUUCUCUCUCUAAAAUCUCUAAAUCUCUCUCUCUCUAAGUUAUCGACAAUGCAGCUCCGCCCGGCUUUAACCGCCGGGACACUGGUCCUCGCCAUGGCGGUCCUCAUCUUCUCCGGCACCGGCGCCGAUGCUCACAACAUCACGAAGAUCCUCGCUAAGCAUACGGAGUUCUCUACCUUCAACCAUUACCUAACCCUAACUCACCUCGCCUCCGAGAUCAACCAGCGGACGACGAUUACGGUCUGCGCCGUCGAUAACGCCGCCAUGAAUGAUAUUCUCUCGAAGCACCCGAAUAUUUACACUGUGAAGAACAUUCUCUCCAUCCAUGUGCUUCUCGAUUACUUUGGUGCUAAGAAGCUUCAUCAGAUCACCAACGGUACCGCUCUUGCUGCUACUAUGUUCCAGGCCACCGGCUCCGCCCCUGGAUCCACCGGAUUCGUUAACAUCACCGAUCUCCGCGGUGGAAAGGUUGGAUUCGCUCCUGAGGAUAACGACGGAUCGUUUGCUGCGCGUUUCGUGAAAUCUGUUGAGGAAAUUCCUUACAAUAUAUCGGUGAUUCAGAUCAGCAGCGUUCUUCCGUCGGCGGCUGCUUCGGCUCCUACUCCGGCUCCGGCUGAGAUUAACAUUACUGGCAUUAUGUCGGCUCACGGUUGUAAGGCUUUCGCCGACACUUUGCUCGCUAACGAAGCCAUGGGAACUUACGAGGACAACCUCGCCGGAGGUUUGACUGUGUUCUGUCCCAUGGAUGAUGCGUUCAAGGCGUUUAUGCCGAAAUUCAAGAAUCUCACCAAAGCCGGGAAGAAUUCGCUGCUGGAGUUCCACGCAGUCCCGCUGUACCAAUCCAUGGCGAUGUUGAAGUCCAGCAAUGGCCUCACGAACACUCUAGCCACCGACGGAGCCAGCAAUUUCGAUUUCACCGUCCAGAACGACGGCGAGCAAGUGACUCUCAAGACGAAGCUCGUCACAGCCAGAAUCACCGGCACACUCCUGGACGAGCAACCAGUGGCGAUCUACACUAUCAACAAGGUUUUGAUGCCUAAGGAGCUCUUCAAGCACGAGGCUGAGACUCCAGCUCCCGCUCCGGCACCGGAGAAGGCAGCCGACGCGCCCAAAUCGUCUAAGAAGAAAGGCAAGAAGGCGGCACCGUCACCCGACGACGAUGCCGACGCGCCAGCACCGGACGAUGAAGAGGACCCUGCCGAUCAGACUGCUGAUGAUAACGGCGCCGUUAGAUUUGACGGUAACAGAUUUAGUUUCUUCGCUCUCAUUGCUAGUGCAUGGCUAGGAUUUUCAGUUCUGUAAGUUUUUUUUUUCUUUUUUUAAUUUCUUAAUUUAAUUUUAUUUAUCUCUUGGUUUAUGUUUUGCUCUUUUAUAAAUUAAUAAUGGAGUUUUUUUUAAUUUUUUUUGUUAAUUGAAUACUCUGAGUCUGAGAUAAUAUGUGUGUGUGAGAGAAUUUUCAAAGUUUGAUUAGAGUGUUGAUUUUAGAUUUGUGUAUGUAUUAUUACACAAUUUAUUUAUCCUUAUUUUUAUUUAUUAAAUUUGUUUUUGUA